UGAACGCAUCGCACUUGGUCGACUUGACAGAUUGACACCAACCAACUUCACGUCCAAUCCAAAACGUGCUUUUUUCAGUCACAUAUAGCGGCGAGUGAAUUCUUCGGUUCUCUUUCCAUUUCAACGUGAAACUAUACACAUCGUUUCAAAGAUGACAUCAAAAGUUUCUCGCGACACUCUUUAUGAGUCGGUUGCCUCAAUCCUUGACCAUUCGAAGGCCAAGAAACGUGCUUUCUUGGAAUCUGUCGAAUUGCAAAUCGGAUUGAAGAACUACGAUCCACAAAAGGACAAGCGUUUCUCCGGCACUGUCAAGCUCAAGAAUAUCCCACGUCCAAAGAUGCGUGUGUGCGUUCUCGGUGAUCAACAGCAUUGUGACGAAGCCAAAGCUUUGGACAUUCCAUUCAUGGAUGCUGAAGCCUUGAAAAAAUUGAACAAAAACAAGAAAUUGGUGAAAAAAUUGGCCAAAAGCUACGACGCCUUCUUGGCAUCCGAAUCAUUGAUCAAGCAAAUUCCACGUUUGUUGGGUCCAGGUUUGAACAAAGCCGGUAAAUUCCCUGGUUUGUUGCAACACAACGAAUCGAUGACCGCUAAGAUCGAUGAAGUCAAGGCCACCAUCAAGUUCCAAAUGAAGAAGGUCUUGUGCCUUUCAGUUGCUGUUGGUCACGUUAACAUGUCCCAAGAUGAAUUGGUCCAAAACAUUCACUUGUCAAUCAACUUCUUGGUGUCGUUGCUCAAGAAGCACUGGCAAAACGUGCGUUCAUUGCACAUCAAAUCAACCAUGGGACCACCACAACGUCUCUACUAAGAAUGUGUACGCCGCUUAAAAAAGUUUAUGUCUCUUUUCGAAGGGAUGUGUGGCUUUUUAUUCAUGAAAAUGAUGAUGAGAUCAUUCAAUAAACAUUUUCAAUAAAAAAAAAA